AAACCCCUCCCCUCUAAAUUAUUUGCUGCAGGAAAGCAACCAACCAACCAACCAACUGUCGUGGCCCUUUACUCCUCCUCUUAAACCCCCAUAAAGAUGUAAUAUCUUCCCCUUACUCUCUCUCUCUCCCCCGAGUAGUGACUAGUGAUGGCUAUACCAGGAGCCCGAUGGCUAUGGCUGAACCUGGCUUUUUUCUUCUAUCUCACUGCUGUUUCUUCUUCAGUUUCUACUUACGAUACGCCAUGGAAGACAUUCGUUAUCCAUACAGACAAGUCCCAAUUACCAGAGGGCUUUGCCACGCAUCUCGAUUGGUACUCCUACACCCUAAACUCCAUAGUGGACGAGCCAGGGCUUGAAAAUGGCAUCGAAAGGAUCAUCUACAACUACCACAACGCCUUCCAUGGUUUCGCCGCCAGGCUAACCGAGGAAGAAGCGGUGAGACUGGGAGACCAACGCGGCGUUCUGGCCGUGUUCCCGGAAACUGUCUACCACCUUCACACGACCAGGAGCCCAGAGUUCCUCGGCCUGGAUCCGGGACUGAGAGGAAGCAGAGACAUUUGGUCCUCCCUCAAAUCUCGCCGCGAUGUGAUAAUUGGGGUGCUUGACACCGGAAUAUGGCCCGAAAGCCAGAGCUUCAACGACAGCGGGUUGCCUGCCCGGCCUGCCCGCUGGAAGGGCGCCUGCGAGACUGGCCGCGGCUUCACUACCAGCCACUGCAACCAGAAGAUCAUCGGCGCUCGGAUUUUCUUCAGCGGCUAUGAAGCAGGCACAGGCAUCAUCAACGACAGAGAUGAGUACAAGUCGCCAAGGGAUCAAGAUGGACAUGGCACUCACACCGCUGCCACAGUGGCAGGUGUCCCGGUGCCAGGCGCCAACCUGCUCGGCUACGCCUCCGGAACCGCUAGAGGCAUGGCGCCUAGAGCCAGAGUGGCGGUUUAUAAGGUCUGUUGGACCAACGGUUGCUUCAGUUCGGACAUACUUUCCGCCAUCGACCAGGCGGUUGCCGAUGGCGUCGACGUGCUUUCCAUUUCGCUCGGUGGCAGUGUCUCUGCCUACUAUAGGGACACCCUGUCCAUCGCUUCUUUUGGAGCCAUGGAGAAGGGGGUCUUCGUCUCGUGUUCCGCGGGCAAUGGAGGACCUGGUGCCAGUAGCCUAACCAACGUCUCCCCAUGGAUUGCAACCAUUGGAGCCAGCACCAUGGAUAGAGAUUUUCCGUCACAUGUGAAAUUGGGCGACGGCCGGAUCUUAUCCGGUGUGUCCCUUUACAAGGGCAGGCGCGUUCUCUCCCCCGAUAAGCAGUACCCUUUAGUGUACAUGGGCAACAAUAUGAGUAGUCCCCUCCCGAGCGCUCUGUGUAUGACCGGGUCGCUAGACCCCCACAUUGUAGCCGGCAAGAUUGUACUCUGCGACAGAGGAAUCAAUCCGAGGGUGGAGAAAGGUCUGGUGGUGAAGGAAGCGGGCGGCAUUGGCAUGAUCCUGGCUAACGCUGACGCAAAUGGGGAAGAGCUUGUGGCGGAUAGCCACCUUCUUCCCGCCACGGCUGUCGGCGCAGCACUCGGCAAGGAGAUCAGGCGAUACAUGCAGACAAGUCCACGUCCUACAGCCACGCUGUCCUUUUCCGGCACCAAUUUGGGGAUCAGACCGUCUCCUGUUGUUGCUGCAUUCUCAUCAAGAGGUCCCAACACCCUUACUCCAGAAGUACUGAAACCAGAUAUGAUCGCGCCGGGGGUUAACAUCCUCGCAGCUUGGAGCGAACAGGCCCCACCGACCAGCCUGGCGCAGGACCGCCGGCGGGUGAAGUUCAACAUCCUCUCCGGUACCUCAAUGUCCUGCCCUCACGUCAGCGGCAUAGCUGCAUUGCUAAAGUCCGUUCAUCCGGAAUGGAGUCCAGCAGCCAUUAAAUCUGCUCUCAUGACUACUGCAUAUAUUCAUGAUAGCACCCAUAACCCCAUCAGGGACGCUGCAUCGAACUCUCCUUCAAGCCCCUAUCAGCAUGGUGCUGGCCAUAUAAACCCGUCGAAGGCUUUAGAUCCAGGCCUACUUUAUGACAUAAGCCCACAAGAUUACUUUGAUUUCCUCUGUUCAAUCAAACUAACGCCUGCUGAGCUUAGAAUGUUUGCUAAGUCGUCCAACCUAUCCUGCCACCACGGUCGGAAGUCUCCUGCAGAUCUCAACUAUCCGGCCAUCUCUGUCGUACUAACAGAGCCUCCUGCUCCUUCUGUUCUCACCGUUCAACGGACAGUUACUAAUGUGGGCAACCCCAAUUCCAGAUACUAUGUGGCCAUCGCUCCGAUCAAAGGUGUAACCAUCAAAGUGGCACCCAAAACUUUGGUGUUCACCAAAAAGUACCAGAAGCUAUCGUAUGAAGUGACAUUCACCACGACUGCACAGCAGCCGGCACCACAAUUUGGUGCCUUGAUAUGGAGUGAUGGAGUUCAUGACGUUCGAAGCCCAGUGAUUGUUUCAUGGAUGCCACCACUUUAAGUUUCUACUAGUCCAGCUAUCAUGCGGAAUAAGUUAUCUCUGUAGAGCACUUUUGACAUCGGAUUUGCUUCCUUUGGAUGCAUUCUUAACAUUGGUUGUGGGUGUUGAACUUUA